GCUGCCCACGGAGCUGCUCCCUGCCCGGCCGAGGGACAGAGCCAUGGCUGGCCCCGGGCAGCUGCAGCGCUGGCUCAAUGAGGCCACUGACCCGAGUGUCUCCGAGGAAAACUGGGAAUGCAUCCAGCGGUUCUGUGAGCAGGUGAACGCUGGCACAGAGGGCCCGCUGUUUGCGCUGAGGCUGCUGGCACACAAAAUCCAGUCCCCUCAGGAGCGGGAAGCUCUCCACGCUCUCACAGUGCUGGAGACCUGUGUGAACAACUGUGGUGACAGAUUUCACAGUGAAAUGGCAAAAUUCAGGUUUCUGAAUGAGCUGAUUAAAGUGCUCUCCCCAAAGUACUAUGGAAUCUGGUCUUCAGAAAAAGUCAAGUCGAGGGUCACAGAAGUGAUAUUCAGUUGGACAGUCUGGUUUCCUCAGGAAGUCAAAAUCCAGGAUGCUUAUCAGAUGCUGAAGAAACAAGGGAUUGUAAAAGAAGAUCCCAAACUGCCAGAAGACAAAAUUUUACCUCCCCCUUCUCCAAGACCUCAGAAUUCUAUUUUUGACACAGAUGAAGAGAAGUCCAAGCUCCUGGCCAGGCUCCUGAAGAGCAGCCACCCCGAGGACCUGCAGGCAGCCAACCACCUGAUCCAGAGCGUGGUUAGAGAGGAACAAGAAAAGUCAGCUCAGGUGUCCCGGAGAGUGAACACCAUCAGUGAGGUUUCCGAGACUGUCCGACAUGUGGAGGAGUUACUGGAGAACUACAGGAGACAUGAAUUAUCCCCAGCUGAGCAGGAGACCCUACAGGCUCUGCUCCAGCGCUGUGAGAGGCUCAGGGCGCUGCUCUUCCGCCUGGCCAGCGAGGCACUGCCUGACGAGGAGGCUCUAGCUGAGGUCCUGCAGGCCAGUGACAAGCUCUCAGGGGUGCUGGGGCAGUACAGGCAGGCUGUGGCCAGCCAGGAGAACGGCGAUGGAGCAGCUCCAGCUGCCAGCUCUGCCCGUGCACCAGCAGCCCCACGGCGCAUGAAGAGCUACACGCUGAUCGACUUCUCUGAGCUGGAGCCCAUGGCCCAGACCCCCCCAGAGCCCUGUGCAGACACAGCCUCAGCCUCCCAGCACGGCAGCACAGCCUCCAGCUGCCUGCUCCAGGACGAGUGCCAGUCCCUGGGUCUCAGCAACUCCCCUGCCAUACAGAAACCACCACCCAAUUCUGGCCUAGCAGAGCCUGCUGUACACAAUGGAUUUAGGGAAGGUGUAAGUGCUGUACAAACCCUGGGACCACAGGAGAGCUGGGAAGAUGGCUGUGCAGGGAAGAGUGAAUUCCAGAGCCUGGAUCAACAGCUCUCUCCACUGUCCAGGACCAAAACAUUCUCUUUGGAUUUAUCACCAAAGAAAUUGCCCUUUCCAGAUCUUCCACAUAACUCAGUGGCAGAUCCUCCACUCCUCAGUCCAGGCUACGAGCUGAAGCCUGCUGCCUCUUUGCAUCCAGCUUCCUCUGAUGCUUCUCUAGAAAACCUGUUUGUGCCUUUAAUUUCGGUUACACCAAGCACUAUCUGUCCACUCACUGUGUAUGACAGGAAUGGUUUCAAGGCCAUGCUCCACUUCUGCAGAGACCCGGCUCCCGGCCGCCCAGACGUGCUGGUGAUGGUCCUGUCCAUGCUGAGCACCUCAGCUCACCCCAUUAGGGACAUAGUGUUCCAGGCUGCAGUCCCAAAGACCAUGCAAAUAAAGUUACAACCAGCCUCUGGUUCUGAGCUGCCAGCCUUCAACCCUCUCCUCCCGCCUGCAGUGGUGUCACAAGUGCUGCUGCUCGCCAACCCACACAAGGUGCUGCUGCUGGGCACUGGGGCCCCACUGGCUGUUUGUGUGAGAGAUGGGGACAGUCUUAAUAAUGGGGAGAUGCAGUGGAGAGACAGGGCAGCCUGGGCUGUGCUGGGAAGAUGUUUCUUCUGCUCAGAGAGCUUUCCAGAGCUACAGUCUGAAGGGCUGUGUGGGCAGUUGCUGCAGGGGCCCGCACAGUUCUGGGCUAUGUGCACACAGAGCCAGCUCCAGGCACUCACCGUGCAGGUGUUGGCAGCUGGUGGAACACGAGGGCACCCGAGGCACAAGCGAUGGGUGGCGGAUCUGUUGCAUUAUGAGACCCAAAACUGGUGUAAGGAACUCUCUGUCUGAGUAGGCUGGCCAGGCCUGGAUUGCCAGCAUGCCCACGGGUGGCAUGCACGGGUCUUCCAGUUGCUCUUGUCCAUCCCAGGAAGAUGCAGGGUUUCCUUCUGUGCAGAGCUUCUGGAAGGCUGGUGUUUCCCCCUUCAGAGGUGACCCAGUGCAGCCAGGCCGUGAGGGGUGGAGGAGGCCCGGAGUUUGUAACCAUGGUGUGCCCCUCUGUCUCCUUCUCUCCCAGGCCCCCAUCCGCCUGAGGUACAGACUGCUGUUCACGCAGGGCGUGCAGCCCUUCAGUGAGGAGGGAGAGGUGACUGGCCUUCCAGGAG